GUUAAUUUCAUAUCUCUCUGCUUUUCAGGCCAUGCCUUUGUUCAAAGUGGCUGUGGUGCCCAACAGGAGUAGGAAGAUUACCUGUUGUGCUGGAUCUAUCAGGGAGCUGAUUGAGAAGUCCCUGUCUGCACUCUCUGCUGCUGUAGAUGCUGAUUCUUAUGAAGCCUAUGAUGAUUCUGAUUGCUUGAUAGCAGAUGACGAAUGCUUGAUUGCUUUGGCAGAGGACAGGCGGGCGGCAAGAAGUGGGCUGCAGGAGGUCACCUUGGUUCCUCAUGGUCAGGCAUGGCCUGGUUCUGGCUCCUCAGGUCCUGAUAAAGAUGUUAACCGACCAGCUUCAUCAUCGGUUCCUACCAUUACCGUCUCUUCUGAGGAUGUUGCUUUAUUGAGGAAAGCUGUCGAAUCCCCUCCUCAUCUUAGAACUAGAGCUUUGCUUAGAGCCAAACGCAAAGUAGUGCAACACCUAGUGGACAAGUUAAAGGCUUCUCCUCCUGCACCUGGUGACAUUCGCAAGAUUUGUGAACGAGUUAAAGUUGCAUGCCCCAAUGCCUUUGUCUUGGCGAUUAGAGAGAACGAGGUGGGAGACUCAUUCUUGCCAUUCGUCAAGAGUGUCUACAAUUCAUUGGGGUACGCACUUUGUUGCGAUGGAUCCAAGGCUAGAAGAAGGAGACGCAGAGCUCAGACAGAUGAGGAAGAUGCGGAUGACCCUGCCUUGCAAACUGUGGUUCUCCAUUGCACUGACAGCAACGGAUGUGCAGAGGGUAUGUGGGGGCCCUCUUUUUCACCGGAAGAGAAGGAACAGUUUGCAAGCAUUCAACAGAGCCUUUUGACUGAUUACUCAGCUGCACAGUUUGGACCCUUGGACUCAGGUGUUGUCGAUUUAGUGAAAGAGUGCUUCCCUCUGACACGUUCCGAUAUCAAUGACGCUAGAACAGCCGCUGAUUGGAAGAAAGUGUUCACAUCCUGGCCGGUACUGCAGCAUUAUGAACCUUUCUUAGCCCAUGCUAACUUGUUGAUGGGCAAAGUCUGUGAAGAAGUGUGGGCUGACAGUUUUGCUGACCCUCUGCCUUUAGUCAAAUUCAUGACUGACUACUGCUCUCCUGUGGAUGGAAAGCCGUGUGCAACAGAACGGCUCACCUCCAUGAAUCUUUUCUUGAAGAAAAGUGCUGAGGCAGUUGAGCAGAGGGAGAAUAAUGGUCCUAUGAAAGAUGUAGCUUUUCCUUUCUUGGUUUACUACUUCAGGGAGAAAAUGGAUCUUCUCUUCCUCCUUGUUGAUGUAAGAACUUGACCAGCACUUUACUUAAGGUGAUAUGUUUUUAAGUUUGUGCUAACUGUUUCUUCUCAAUUCUGUUUAGGCUCACGCAACUAUUGUGGAAGUGAAGGAGAAAGUGGAGGCAGUCACGCAGAGCCCAGUUCUUGUG